UCUCCCCCUCUCUCUCCCUCUCUCUUUCUGCCCCUCUGUCUCGCUCUCUCAUCUCUUGCUCAGUCUCCUCCCCCUCAUAUUUUCAUUGGAUUCAAGUGGGGAGAUGCUCCUCCUUCAUCUCUUAUUGCGUACAUCGGAGCACUCCCCCCCCUCUCUCCCUCUCUCUUUCUCUCUCCUCGCAUCACUGGACUACUGACAGCAUUAGGGCACAUGCCCCUUACCUUUGGAUCCAUGACCACAGGUUCUCACAACUCACAGCUGCCCCUUUCUUCUCUUCUCCUGUCUUAAUUUUUUCUUGAUGUUUUGACGGCGCUUCUGUACAAUGACAUCAUGAGGCAUUUUUUUGCGAUGUGGUCCAAAGACUGAUUUUUCUCUUACCUGAGUGUGCAUCCCCUCACGGCUCUCCUCCUCCUUGGCACCUGCUGUCUCUCUACUUCUCAACUACUCCUUUUUUGUCCUCCUUCAAAGUUGUGCUUUCACACGUUUCUUCUGUGCGCGUGUCCUGUCCGAGCUCCAGGAUGAUCUUCUUCUCCACAGCUGCGUUUGUGGGCGCGACUUUGGGCACAGCCUCGGGCAUCCUCACCCUGUGUGGGCUCUCACUCCUCUGUAGGUCCUGCAAGAAGGGGAAACUGGAGUUAAGUGAAGGGGCCACGGAUGUCGAGAAGGCCAAAUCAAGUGUUCUUCACUCUUUACAACGGUUCAGAGUGGAAAAGUCUACAGAACCGAUACAGCCCAAAGCCCGGCAAAGCUUCUACAAACCAAAACCAUCAGUCACCUCUCCUGAAGUCAUCAACAGUGGAGACCAGGGGAACCCUGAUGACACACAUCCUGUCAAAGAAGCCGAGGCGUGUGGCCAUGCUGCAGGUGGAGAGGAGACGCUGCCCAGAGAGGACUCCAUGGAUGAGACACCAUGCAGCACGGAGCUGAGCAGGGGGAUGACCACCAGCAACUCCAUCAUCCACCCAAAGCUGCACUUCUCACUCACUUACAACACACACAGCAAAGAACUGCACAUCACAGUCAUAGAAGCGGAGCAUGUGAGUGCGGAGGCAGGGUGCGAGGGCUACGUGUCGGGCUGCCUGACCACAGGCGGCCAGGUGGAGAGGCAGGCUCAGACGUCAGCGCGCCGCCUCACCGAUCACGUCCAGUGGGGUGAGGCGCUGACCUUCCCCCUGCCUGCUGGAUACCAGGUGGAGGGAGAGGUGUCCCUCUCGCUCCACAGCUGCGACCGCUUCUCCCGCAACAGCUGCCUGGGUGCCAUGAGGUUCAAGCUGGUUGACGUGGGCAUGAUGUCAGAUGCCGACUGCUGGGUCGACCUUCAGCCACCAAAGCAGGAGGUGCCGUCGUCUGCCGGUGAGCUGCUCCUGUCGGUCAGCUACCUGCCUGCUGCCAACAGGCUGGGGGUGGUGGUCAUGAAAGCCAGAGGACUGCAGUCUCAGCGGCUGAAGAACACCAUCGACUUGUCCGUCAAGCUGUCCCUGAAGCACCAGUCCACCAAGUUGAAGAAGAAGCAGACGCGGCGCGUGAAGCACAAGGUCAACCCCGUCUGGAACGAGAUGAUGAUGCUGGAGGUGCCCAGGGAGCUGCUGCCCAACUGCAGCCUGGACUUGGAGGUCCUCAACCAGGCCGGGCCGGGGAGGCUGGAGCCCCUGGGCAGCUGCCAGCUGGGUCUGCAGGCCUCCGGCACGGGCCUCCAGCACUGGCAGCAGAUGCUCGACAACCCCCGCAAGCAGAUUGCCAUGUGGCACCCUAUCUUCGCUUGACACCUUUGUCUGUGUGUGUUUGUGUGUGUGUUUUUUUUUAUAUCAUCUUCUCUUUGCUUGAUACCUUUGGGUGUGUACGGUAUGUGUGUUUUUUCAUGUCAUGCUCUCUUCACUUGACACCUUUGUUUUUAUGUCAUCCUCUCUUUUCACUUAUACUCUGGGAGGUAUUCCAAGAACCUGGUUCAAUUGUAAAACAGGUUGAUUGAAACUUGAAGUAGCGGUAAAUCAUCUAAUAGAGGAGCUUGUUGACCUCAUUUUCUUAAUGAUUUCAUUUUUUUGAUGACACCUGUUGGACUAUCUAUUACUAUCAGGUUUGCCACUUCCUGAGGGUAAAAUUUGCCAGGUUUUUCGCUUAAAUAUGUUCAUGGAAUACCCCUCAGACCUCCGUCAUCCUCUCUUUCAGUUCCAGCCAAACCUCCCUCCCUCCCUCUCUGAUGUCUUUCUGUAGUCGUGACUCACCGAUAAGGCUUGAACAUCUUUCAUGUGUUCCCUUGAGGUUUGUGCUAAGUAGGACAUCUCUCCUUCUUCACUUGAGUUCUUGCACUGUAGUUCUGCCAUGGUUUGCAGCACCACAUGUGUAUUAGCUACAGAACAUGUACUGUAUGAAACUAUGAAAGAUGCAGUGUUAAUUCAACUUCUAGUCAGUUGAACAUCUUCUAGAUUCUGUAUUUGGACCAAGAGUGUUGAAUUAACAUUGCAUGGUCGUACUGUGUACUCAAUGUAUUUAUUCAAUCAGAAACACUUGUUGUCAGGGUAUGUAUACAUUUAGAACUCUGAACUAAAAAGUAACGAUUCUUGGUUUAGGGCUUCUGCACACCGGCUCCGACAGCACUGCGGAGCACUUUCGCUUCAGACACAAUUCGGACCGGCAAACCCAAUUCCACAGGAACAUAGCAUGGAUAGUCAAUGGGCGGCUCCGACAAAAUAGAACUCGUCUCUAAUCGCUAGCCGACAUCCGCGAAUGUCCGUGGACAUUAGCGCCAGUGUGCGGGGUUGUAUUGACAACAAUGGAAUCGAACUUUGGCAGAGCAGUGCUCAGCACCUUGUCGGAGCCGAUGUGCGGAGGCCCUUAGUCAUAAGAAGAAGAAAAAAGAAUCACUGCCUUAUGUACAUAUGUAUUUUUUCAAACAGUCCCUUACCUUGGCAGUGCCAUUUAUGUUAUGAUUGAAAUUUAAAUUAUAUGUUUUAAUAUUCCAAAUAAAUAUAUCACAUGAUAAUCAAAUGUAGUGUAGUGUAGCUCUUCAAUUACACUCAGUACGAAUGUUGGAAAAUACUCUGUUAAAUAUCAUCUCAGACUUGCUAACUGAUUCUUGUUUUGUGCGCAAUGCAGCAAAGAUAUUUAUAUUCUAUGUACUGUAUAAUAAAAGAAUAUUCAAAAGAU